GUUUCCUCUAUAAUUACUCGAAUCAAAUAUAUAGUUUCCCUCAUAAUUAUUUGGCAAAAUUUAACUAUCUAUUUUUGCUUUUUCAUUCGGAAAAAAAAAUGAUAUUCGAAAACAACGAAUUUAUGAAUGAUUCUGAGCUUCUCGAAUCGAUUAGGCAGCAUUUACUUGAAGAUUGGGAUUCACCUGUUACAACAAUUUCUGAAAAUGUUCUAAACGACGCCGUUCGUAUUGAGUUUCAGCCGUCCGUCAAAAUUGAGCCUGAAGUGAGCGUUAGCGCGCCCGAGAUGUACGAUUUCACCAGAUUUGCGGCUCCGGCGCCAGCGCCGGCGGAGGCGAAAAUGGAAGUGGAAGUGAAAGUAAAAACAGCGGCGGUUAAGAGAAAGCCGGCGCUGAAAUCGAUGCAUUACAGAGGAGUAAGACAGAGGCCAUGGGGAAAAUUCGCGGCAGAAAUUAGGGAUCCGGCGAAGAAUGGGGCGAGAUUGUGGCUGGGAACAUACGAGACGGCGGAGGAUGCGGCGUUGGCUUAUGAUAAAGCGGCGUAUCGGAUUCGGGGUUCACGUGCAUUGUUGAAUUUUCCGUUGAGGGUUAAUUCAGGUGAACCCGAAUCAGUUCGUGUUGGUCGGAAGAGGUCAUUGUCGACCUCUUCCGAGAGUUCUUCGUCGUCAUCAUUACCCUCGACGAUCACGACGAAGAGAAAAAAGAAAGUUUCUCAAGUUUAUACUUGAGCACUCACAUCGGUAAAAAUUUUUUUAUAGAAUUUGUCGAAUUCAAUUUUUUAUUGUUUCAUUUUUGAUACGCUCAAGAAGCUUGAUGAUAGCACGGUGAAGCCUGAUAUCUCAACUACGAUUCUAUCAU